GGCAUCUCAGACAAUAUACAUAGUCUAUUAAUAAACUUCGCCUAAUUCGUUUACCAUUUAAAUUUUUUGUUUACACUACAUUACAUAACAUAUUAAAACUUUUUACUGUAGGAUACUUUUUAGUUAGUGUAGGAAGUGCUUUAGCCAUUUAAUAAUACGAAUUAAGAUGUGUCAACGCUUUACGGUUCUAAUUCUGUUUUUCUAUGUUAUACGAAAUGUGGAUUGUGCCAAUUAUGUCAAUGAUACCAGACGUCAGGUGGAUAAUGAUAGCAGAUAUAGGCAGGAGCAUCCGGAUCCUCGAAGGGGUCGCCAAUCGUGCGACACUGACCAACUAGAAUACCGUUUGACCCGUCUUGAGGUGCAAGUGGCGGAAAAAACAGAAAAUCUCCGGUCGGAAAUUCGCGAGGGCAACAGAAGACUCCAGGCACUCGAGUAUCAGUGCGCCGAGGUGCACACUGCCUUGGACAACUUCAAAAAUGAAAUCAACAGAUACGCUGAAAUCAGCCAGCAACCACAGAGAUACGUGAACGAAGAUACGAGCAGGUUGGAGAGAAGAAUCGACAAUUUGGCGAAAGGAAUGCAAAUAUUUGCUGCUGCUUUAAAAAUUGUAACGUCUGACGUGGGAUGGAUCUCUAAAAAUAUAUCCGGAAUCGUCAAUACGACUGGCACUUUACUUCAAGAGCACCAAAACAUCGUUACCAAACAGUUUCUAACUAAUUCACUGGUGGAUAUAAGGUUACACCAGUUGUAUCCACCUAGUCAUGCAACAAACUAUAAUGGAGCUCUUUCAACUGGUGAACUCUUAACCGAAAGUAUACCGAAAAAUUGCAAAGAUAUUUUGGAAAAAGGAGAAACUAAAACCGGUAUAUACUUGAUACAACCGAAUGGGGUCAGCAAACCUUUCAUGGUUCUUUGCGAUAUGGACACCAGAGGGGGUGGUUGGACUUACAUUCAUAAUAGAUUCGAAGGAUCUCAGGACUUUUUCCUGGACAUGCAUAACUAUAAGUUUGGUUUCGGCAAUUUGGGCGGCGAAUUUUGGCUUGGACUUGAAAACAUUCAUCUUCUAACAGGUUCCGAAGUUAACGAAUUAUUGGUGGAAUUGGUGGAUGCCAAUGAUGAAAAGGCUCACGCUCACUAUUCAGCCUUUAGUGUGGGUUCUGAAGUUGAAGGGUAUUCUUUGAAAGUUUUGAGUGGGUAUACUGGCGAUGCCGGAGAUUCUCUGACAUACCAUGCUGGAAGUAGAUUUAGUACGAAAGAUAUGGAUCAGGAUGGGUGGUCUGAUGGAAACUGUGCUUCAUCUCAUGGUGGUGCCUGGUGGUAUAGAGGCUGUGAUACCAGCAACUUAAACGGUAGAUAUCUUAACGGCGAAUUACCGGAAAGUUACCUUUACACAGGUAUGUACUGGGGCGAUUUUAGAGGGGCCCAAUAUAGUUUAUCACAAGCCAGAAUGAUGGUACGACCCAGAGAUACCAGCAGCUCGCCUAUUAGACCAGGUGGAAAGGAAAUCAAUUAGAUUUUUUUAUUAAACUUUACAUUUUUGUGUUCAAAUUAUAUACUGC